AGUACAAGUAGUUUACCAAGAGGUGAUCUCAGGACAUAUCAGCUACGGAAUGAGGUACCAGGGCAGGGAAGGGGAGGCAGCCAGGAAAGGAUGCAUUAUCAAGUAAGUUUCCACUGUGGGCAACCAGAGCUCAGUCCCACAGGGAGCCCUGGGGGAGAACAUGGGAAACCUAUCUCAGAGCCAUCCCACUCAAGGGGCGAGAGAACUGGGGUGUUUAUACACUAAUUCCCAUCAGUUAUUAGUUGAGGACUGCUCUCGGGGACAUGUUAAUUCAUUGGCACUUUGGGGCUGCUUGUUACAUGGGCAGAAUGGACUCCAUUUGCCAGAUGCAAAUGGUUGCAAAUGUUACCUACUCAAGGAAGCCCUCCUUGAUUUUUCCAGCUCAAAGAAAAGCACUUCUGCUCAGCCUAUACUCCAAUCUGCCUAUUUACUUCCAAGUCCUCUUCACCAGCUAGAAAUGUCCCGUGCUUGAGUUGGGUAUCUCUCUCCCUCACUGGUCUGUAUGUGAGCUCUAGGACAGCAGGAACCAAGUUUAUUUAGUCCCCCACCCCAUGGCUUCUCCAGCCCCUAGCACAUAGUAGGCACUCAGGAAAUACUUGUAUAACUAGACAAAGGCUCACAUGGUGCACUUUUUGAAACUGAUAUUAUCAUCUUGCACAAACAAGCAAACCAAGGCUCAGAGAGAGGAAGUGACUUGCCUGAGGUCACACUGAGAGGGGCCAACUGGCACUCAAACCCACUCUGUCUUUUUCUGGCUCCUGGGACAGAAUUGUGCUGACUCAUUUAUUCCUCAGAACAGCAUUUAUGCACCUCUCUCUCUCUCUCUUCUUUUAUUUUGGCCAGGGGUGGGGGGCAGAGACAGCGUCUCACUCUGUAGUCCAGGCUGGAAUUCAAUGUUGUGAUUGUAGCUCACUGCAGCCUUAAACUCCUGGUCUCAAGCGAUCCUCCCACCUAAGCCUCGCAAGUAGCUGGGACUACAGGCUCAAACUACUGUGCCUGGCUACCCACCUCAUUUUUCAAGUAAAGAUUUAUUGAGGCAUAACAGAGAUGGAGGAAAAUGCAACAAAAUGUAUAGCAUGAUGAAUUUUCAUAACAGGACACACCCACGAAACCAGUACCCAGCUCAAGAAAUAGAACAUAUUCAACUUAUGUUAUAUAAAUUUUACUUCCAUAAAUAAAAAUAAUAAUAUUAAUAAAUACGGCCAGCUCCCAGAAGCCCCUUCCCCAGUAACUAGCACUUCCAAAGAAAACCAAUAUCCUCACUUGUUAAACAUAGUUUUACCUGCUUUGGAACUUUCUAUGAAUGGAAUCACACGGUGUGUACCUUCAUUGGUUUUUGGUUUUUAGUUUUGCUCAGCAUUGCUUGUGAUUCAUCCAAGUUCAUGCAGUAGUCUGUUUGUUCUCAUUGUUGUAUGGAAUUCUGCUGUGUGAAGAGACCACAGUUUAUUCAUUCUACCAUCAAUGACACUUGGCUUGUUUCCAGUUUGGGACAAUCACGAAUAGUGCUGGUGGGCAUGUCUACUGGGUAUCUAUCUGGCAGCGGAAGUGCUGGGUCAGAGGACACCCAGCUAACAGUGCUAGUAGAUCACAGGUGAAUCAGCCCACGCUCUGGCCAGCAGAGGAUGAGGGUUCUAGGUGUUCCGUAUUCUCACCAGUAUUUGUUCAGCAUGUGCCCAUUUUGCAGAGAAGGCAACGGAGGCUCCGAACGAGAGGGGCAUUUGCUGCCUCCCCCAGUGAGGGAUUCUGGGUCCUUCUUGCCAGAAGCCUGUUCUGCCACCUCCUCGCCUCCCCUGCUCUGCCCCCAGCAUCCUGCCCUGACUACCCUCCCAGCCUGGCUGCCGGGUGGGGUGGGACAGACAGGGUCACGUGGAGUUGGGUUCAGAGGGAGGAAGCCAGGCAGGGUGCAGACGGCUGCUGAUUCUGGGGCUGGUCAGGAAAUCAAGGUAAGGGAGGGAGUGUGUGUGGGCCCCAAGAUGGGGUUCCCUGGAGGCAGAGCUGAAAAUGGGGAGGGGGCCAAGAUGGGGCAGACACUGGGCAGAACUGUCACUUUCUUGUCCCCCAGGAGAACCCACACCAUGGACCCACCGUCGCCAAGACAGGCCUCCCAAACCCAGCCGGCGGCCCCCUCUCUGCUGACUUCCUACCGCUGGCACACAGGAGGUGGUGGGGAGAAGGGGGCUGGAGGGUUCCGCUGGGGCCGCCUUGCGGGCUGGGGCAGAGCACUGAGCCACCAGGAGCCCAUGGUCAGCAGCCAACCAGCCCCUCGCUCGCUGUUCCGCCGGGUCCUCUCUGCACCCCCCAAGGAGUCACGCACCAGUCGCCUCCGGCUAUCCAAGACCCUCUGGGGGAGGCACAAGAACCCACCGUUGGAGCCGGAGCUGGAGCCAGAGGCCCCAGAGCCGGAGCCGGAGCUGGAGCCCCCUGCCCCACAGAUCCCUGAGGCCCCCACACCUGAUGUGCCCGUCUGGGACAUCGGGGGCUUCACCCUGCUCGAUGGGAAGCUGGUGCUGCUUGGGGGUGAGGAGGAGGGUCCUUGUAGGCCCCAAAUGGGAAGCGCUAGCUCUGAGGGCAGCAUCCACGCAGCCUUAGGGAACCUCAGAGAUCCAGAUCGGAUUCCUGGAAAGACCGAGCCAGACGCUGCUGGUCCCAACCAGGUCCACAACAUUCGGGGGUUGCUCAAGAGGCUGAAAGAGAAGAAAAAGUCCAGGUCGGAGCUGGGGGCCAAUGUCUCCCGGGAUGGACCCCCCAGUGCUCUGGGCUCUAGGGAAUCGCUGGCCACACUCUCCGAGCUAGAUCUGGGCGCCGAGCGGGAUGUGCAGAUCUGGCCAGUGCACCCCAGCCUCCUGGGGGAGCCCCACUGCUUCCAGGUAACGUGGGCGGGCGGAAGUCGCUGCUUCUCUUGUCGCUCUGCUGCUGAAAGAGAUCGCUGGAUCGAGGACCUUCGUCGCCACUUCCAUGCCACCCAGGACAACGUGGAGCGGGAAGAGACGUGGCUGAGCGUGUGGGUACAGGAGGCGAAAGGGCUUCCCCGGGCGGCGGCGGGGACAGCCGGCGUGCGCGCCGAGCUGUGGCUGGACGGCGCGCUGCUGGCGCGCACUGCACCGCGGGCGGGCCCAGGCCAGCUGUUCUGGGCCGAGCGCUUCCACUUCGAGGCGUUGCCACGGGCGCGUCGCCUGUCGCUGCGGCUGCGCGGCGCGGGCCCGGGGGUCGCGGUGCUAGGCCGCGUGGCGCUGCCGCUGGAAGAGCUGGAGGUCCCGAGCACACCUGCCGCCGGCCUGGAGCGCUGGUUCCCGCUGCUCGGAGCGCCGGCGGGCGCAGCGCUGCGGGCGCGGAUCCGGGCUCGACGCCUGCGCGUGCUGCCGUCCGAGCGCUACAAGGAGCUGGCGGAAUUCCUCACCUUCCACUACGAGCGCCUCUGCGGGGCUCUGGAGCCCGCGCUGCCUGCGCAGGCCAAGGAGGAGCUGGCGGCCUCCUUGGUGCGCGUGCUGCGGGCCACUGGCCGGGCACAGGUACUGGUGACAGACCUGGGCACCGCUGAGCUCGCGCGCUGUGGAGGCCGUGAGGCGCUGCUGUUCCGGGAAAACACAUUGGCCACCAAGGCCAUCGACGAGUACAUGAAGCUGGUGGCACAGGAUUACCUCCAGAAGACCCUGGGGCAGGUUGUGGGGCGUCUCUGUGCCUCCACUGAAGACUGUGAGGUGGAUCCUAGCAAGUGCCCAGCCUCAGAGCUGCCCGAGCACCAGGCCAGACUUCAAAACAGCUGUGAGGAGGUCCUGGAAACCAUCGUCCAUUCCUAUGCCUGGUUCCCUGCAGAGCUGGGCAUGGUGUUCUCAGGCUGGAGAGAAGCAUGCAAAGCACGUGGCUCCGAGGCACUGGGCCCCCGACUGGUGUGUGCCUCCCUCUUCCUGCGGCUCCUCUGCCCAGCCAUCCUGUCACCCAGCCUCUUUGGUCUGGCACCGGAACACCCAGCACCCAGCCCAGCCCGCACCCUAACGCUGAUUGCCAAGGUCAUCCAGAACCUUGCCAACCAUGCCCCGUUUGGUGAGAAGGAGGCCUACAUGGGCUUCAUGAAUAGCUUCCUGGAGGAACACGGACCAGCCAUGCAGCACUUCCUGGACCAGGUGGCCAUGGCGGAUGUGGAUGCUGCACCCAGUGGUUACCAGGGCAGCAGUGACCUGGCCCUCCAGUUGGCAGUCCUGCAUGCCCAGCUCUGUACUAUCUUUGCUGAACUUGACCAGACCACCCGUGACAGCCUGGAACCACUGCCCACCAUCCUGCGAGCCAUUGAGGAGGGCCGGCCCGUACCUGUGUCAGUGCCAAUGAGUCUCCCCCUGCCCCCAGCCCAGGUCCAUGCCAGCUUCUCCGCAAGGGAAAAGCCCGGCUUCCUGGCGCCCCGGGACCUCCCCAAGCACACCCCUCUCAUCUCCAAGAGCCAGUCCCUGCGCAGCGUUCACCGCUCCGCCAGUUGGGCCCGGCCGCGGCCCGACGAGGAGCGGCCACAGCGGAGGCCCCGGCCAGUGCAGCGCACGCAGAGCGUCCCCGCCGGGCGCCCUGCCCGCCGCCGCCCGUCUGCGGGGCCCCGGCCGCGACCCAAAGGCUCCCUGCGCACUAGCCCCGCGCCGCGCAGCCGGCCCUGGACUGGGGCCUCCACCUCGCUGCCUCGGAAGCCGUCGGUGCCCUGGCAGCGCCACCUGGACCAGCCGCGAGACCGAGACCAGGCGGUGGGCACACACAGACCUGUAAGCAAGGAGCGAUGUUGCCCAACAGGGAAGGGCAGUGAUGGGGCUGAACUCUUGGGCCCAGGAGGUCCGGAUCUCCGGGAAGACGAAGGAGCAGGACCAGGGAUCAGGUUUACAGCUGCUCUCCCUCCACAGCUGGCAGAGCUGCAGUGCGAGGUAGCUGCGCUGCGGGAGGAGCAGAAAGUGCUGUCUCGACUGAUGGAGUCGCUGAGCACCCACAUCCAGGCCUUGACAGAGCAGCAGGAGCAGCUGCAGGCCCAGCUGCGGGAUCUGGACUGCAGGCUGCGUGCUGGGACCUCGGAGUUGGAUCCAGAGCACGGCCUUCCAAGAAGUGAAGGGCACAGUCUUAAAAGUCUGGAGCGCCGCCUGACUGAGAUGGAGAAAUCUCAGGCCCAGCUGAAGGAUGCAGUCCGGAGCCUGCAGCUUUCUCCAAGGACUCCAGGGUCCCGGAGCCAGCCUCUGCCCCUCAAAACACCGUGCGUCAAUGGAGACACCACAUGAGCUGUCCAUUCCACCCCACGUGGUCUGCGAGCAUGGCUGUCUUAGGGGGUGUUUGACCUUGCCUUAGCCCUACAUGGCCUCCAGUGGGGAGUGGUGCUGUAGGUGCCAACCACUCUGACACUACGAGGCUGCCCAGUAAAGUCUUGAUUUCAGUAAAA